AUGGCUCAAACUGUUGUUGAAUUUCUGUUGGAGGACCUGAAGCAGCUACUCGACCAUAGCUCUAAUAGCGUUCUUGCUGAAAAGGAUGCAAUCGAAACCCUUUAUGAAGAGCUCGAGUUCAUAAGGAGUUUCCUCUGUGAUUUGCAGAGUUGCAAUCAGCAUGAGGUAUUGGCAAAUUUAGUGGCAAGAAUUAAAGAUACAGCUUGCGAUGCAUUAAAUUACCUGGAUUAUUUUGCUCUCAGUGUCAUCAAUGGGGAGUAUAAAACCAUUUCUGGGCAAACUAAUGGUGUUUUUGACCAUUUCCCAAAGCUUAGAAAUUUCAGAGAAGAGAUCAAGUCUAUCAAGAAAGAGGUGAUGGUGAUUUAUAUGAAGAAGUUGUAUGGGGUUGGAGUCUCGCAACUAGGAGUAAUCUCCACCACUGAAAGUUUUUAUAGAGGGAGUACAACCAAUACAGUAGCGGAAGAUGAAAUUGUGGUGGGCUUUGACAAUGAGAUAACGGCGAUGUUGGAGAGACUUGCCGGAGAUCAGAAGCAACUGGAAGUUAUCUCGAUUGUGGGGAUGGCCGGAAUCG